UUUUCAGAAUGACAUAUGUGUUUCUGCUGUUUGUGUGUUUCAGUGUGUAAAUUCAAAGCGCACAAACGCUGUGCUGUUCGUGCCACAAACAACUGCAAAUGGACGACUUUGGCUUCUAUCGGGAAGGACAUCAUUGAGGAUGAGGAUGGGAUUGCGAUGCCUCACCAGUGGUUAGAGGGGAACCUGCCUGUCAGUGCCAAGUGUGCAGUGUGCGAUAAGACAUGCGGCAGCGUCCUGAGGCUGCAGGACUGGCGCUGCCUGUGGUGCAAAGCCAUGGUGCACACAGCCUGUAUGGAUCUGUACCCUCACAAGUGUCCGCUAGGGCAGUGCAAAGUCUCCAUCAUCCCUCCGACAGCACUCAACAGCAUUGACUCAGAUGGCUUCUGGAAGGCCACCUGUCCCCCGUCAUGUGCCAGUCCCCUCCUGGUCUUUGUUAACUCCAAGAGUGGAGACAACCAGGGAGUCAAAUUCCUCCGACGCUUCAAGCAGCUGCUCAACCCUGCUCAAGUCUUUGACCUGGUCAACGGCGGGCCACAUCUUGGCCUACGUCUCUUCCAUAAGUUUGAUAAUUUCCGUAUCCUGGUGUGUGGUGGUGACGGCAGCGUGGGCUGGGUCCUAUCAGAGAUCGACAAGCUCAGUCUGCACAAACAGUGUCAGCUCGGAGUGUUGCCCCUGGGUACGGGCAACGACCUGGCACGGGUCCUGGGCUGGGGUCCAUCCUGCGACGACGACACUCAGCUGCCCCAAAUCCUGGAGAAGUUAGAAAGGGCCAGCACCAAGAUGCUGGACCGCUGGAGCAUUAUGACCUACGAGAUCAAGAUCCCGUCCAAACAUACCUGCCCCACAACACCAGAGGGAGCCAACGACUGCCAGGUUCACAUUUCUGCAUAUGAAGACUCGGUCGCUGCUCACCUCUCCAAGAUCCUGAACUCGGAGCAGCACUCUGUGGUCAUCUCCUCUGCCAAGAUCUUGUGUGAAACUGUGAAGGACUUUGUUGCCAAAGUGGGAAAAGCUUAUGAGAGAAGUUCGGAGAAUGCUGAGGAGGUCGACUCCAUGUCUGUCAAAUGUGCCAUCCUGAACGAGAAACUGGACUCCCUCCUCCAGACCCUGAACACUGAGUGCCAGCAUCUGCCUCUGCUGCCCUACUCCACUUCUCCUAUUGUAGAGGAGGAGCAGGAGGAGGAGGAUGAGGAAGAGGAGGAGGAGCCAAGUGAGGAGAGCCUGACAGACCUGAAGGAGAAGAUGGAGGAGGAGGAGAUGAAAAAAGGAGGAGGAGAUGGUUCUCCCCACCAGCUGUUUAAGAGCAGAGAUCAGCUGAUGCUCAGAGCCAACAGCCUGAAGAGAGCCAUGCGACAAAUCAUCGAGCAGGCCGAGAGAGUGGUGGACGAGCAGAACGCCCACACCAACGAGGCGGAGCUGCCGUCCCCUCUGGACGUGAGGAAGAACAGCAAGGAGGAGACCCAAGACAAAGACGAGGACUCCAAGGAAGUGGACACGCUGCCAGCUGCUAAGAGUCCCUGUUCUCCCACGGAGAGGCGGGUGAGUCGCAGCACUCAGUCCUACGGCUCCUUCACCAUCAUCCCGUUCACCAACAGCAAGGAGAACCUCCCCGUCCUCAACACGCGCAUCAUUUGUCCUGGCUUACGGGCAGGUCUGGCUGCCUCCAUAGCAGGAAGCUCUAUCAUUAGCAAGAUGCUGCUGGCUAACAUCGACCCCUUCGGUGCCACGCCCUUCAUUGACCCCGACCUGGACUCACUGGAGGGCUACAUGGAGAAGUGUGUGAUGAACAACUACUUUGGCAUUGGCCUGGACGCUAAGAUCUCCCUGGAGUUCAACAAUAAGCGAGAAGAGCAUCCUGAGAAAUGCAGGAGUCGGACGAAGAACAUGAUGUGGUACGGUGUCCUGGGCACCAAGGAGCUUCUGCAGAGAACCUACAAGAACCUGGAGCAGAAGGUCCAGUUGGAGUGUGACGGACAGUACAUCCCACUGCCCAGCCUCCAGGGAAUUGCGGUCUUAAACAUUCCCAGCUACGCUGGUGGAACCAACUUCUGGGGCGGCACCAAGGAGGACGAUAUCUUCUGCGCUCCGUCCUUCGAUGAUAAGAUCCUGGAGGUGGUGGCUGUGUUUGGCAGCAUGCAGAUGGCCGUGUCCAGAGUCAUCAAACUGCAGCAUCACCGCAUAGCACAGUGUCGCACAGUGAAGAUCACGAUCCUGGGUGAUGAGGGCGUCCCUGUUCAGGUGGACGGUGAGGCCUGGAUUCAGCCUCCUGGAGUCAUCAAAAUCCAGCACAAAAACCGGGCUCAGAUGCUCACCAGAGACCGGGCGUUUGAGAACACGUUGAAGUCGUGGGAAGACAAGCUGAAGUACGAUAAGGCUCCGCUGCGGCCUCACCUCUACCCGCAGCAGUCUGUCGACCUCGCGACUGAGGAGGAGGCCGUGCUGGUGCAGUUGUGCGCUCGAGCAGCAGAGGAGCUGAUUACGAGGAUCUGUGAAGCUGCCCAGACCAAUGGGCUUCUGGAGCAGGAGCUGGCUCACGCUGUCAACGCUGCGUCUCACGCCAUCAACAAAACACACCCCAAGUUUCCAGAGAGUCUGACGAGGAACACUGCUAUAGAGGUGGCGAGCACGGUUAAAGCCCUCUAUAAUGAAACGGAGUCUCUUCUGGUGGGCCGCGUCUCCCUGCAGCUGGACCCACCUGAGGAGGAACAGCUGUCCGGCGCCCUCCAAGGUCUGGAGUUGGAACUGAGCAAACUGGGAGAGAUCCAGUGGCUCCACCAUAUAUUGCAGCCCGACGAUGAGGAGGACCACUCUCUGGGGUAUGGCAAGAGGAACAGCCGAAGCAGCAUGUUCCGCAUCGUGCCCAAGUUCAAGAAAGAAAAGGCCCCCAAGAGGAGCAGCCCUCAGUCAGUGGAGCGAUGGGGCACAGAGGAGGUGGGCGUCUGGCUGGAACAGCUGAGUCUGGGGGAGUACAGAGACGCCUUCACCCGCCACGACAUCCAAGGCUCAGAGCUGCUGCACCUGGAGAGGAGGGACCUGAAGGAUCUGGGGAUAUCGAAAGUGGGUCAUAUGAAGAGAAUUCUCCAGGGAACUAAGGAUCUGGCCAAGUUAUCCAUGGUUGACCUCUAAUCCAGAAAAUAAUUCCACUGUAGCGGGGAAGCGAACCCUCCCCUCAGUACAGUGUAAGAACCCCGCGGGAAGUGGAGGAAGGUACUGAAGGAUUUUUGCGGCGUGAUGUAUAUUGGCAUGUUGACUCGAGCUUUGUGCCAAAACAACUGAGGAGGCUGAACGUGGACGUGCAACGGGGGGCCGUGGGUCUUCGCUGAAAAAGCCAUUUCUGAGUUCAUAUCCAUUCACAGUACACAGUCAGGUAUGGAUCCAACUCCAGCUGAUCCAAGGUUUGUAGCAAAGCCGCCACUUCCUGAAGCGUUCCCUUUCGGACAGUUGUGACGUUUGCUGGAUCUCUGCCUCGAACACAUUAAACAACCUUCAGGUUACAGCAGCUCUGCUGCACAUCAGACACAGGAAGACAAGCUGGAAGACUUGAGUUGCCAUCUUCCCGGAAACAGUGGGCCACUGCCACCGCUGCUGCAUGCUGACCUCGCUCCACUUUAAACCUGUGUUGCAUGGCUAGUGCCCUGAUUUUGUGUGUGUGUAACACUUGAACAAGUUUUAGUAUUAUGAUGCCAUUUGUUACUACUGACAGCGGCCUUUUGUUUAUUUAUUUGGUUUGCAUGAUGAUGAUGCGUUAACUACCUGUGCCAGG